UGUGCUUUUAGCCUCUGCGUUGCAGUAAACAUGCCCGGGUUCACAUGCUGUGUGCCUGGAUGCUACAACAACUCGCACCGGGACCGGGACCUGCGCUUCUACACAUUCCCCAAAGAAACCACGCUGAGAGAGCUGUGGCUGCGGAACAUCUCCCGAGCCGGGGUGAGCGGCUGCUUCAGCACCUUCCAGCCCACCACCGGACACCGGGUCUGCAGCGUGCACUUCGCCGGCGGGAGGAAGACCUACACCAUCCGCGUGCCGUCCCUCUUCCCUCUGCGCGGGGUAAACGAGCGCCGCAGUCGGCGGGGGAGAGGCAGGAAAGUGGCCGCGGCGGCGGCUCCUGCUCCCGCCGCCGCGGCCACCUCCGGGAUCGUGCUCACGGGCGUCCUGGACGGCGCGGCCGUGGGAGCCGAGGGAACCGCCGGCGGCGAGGCGAGCGACGACGGCAUCACCGUGGUUCAGAUCGGCCAGAACGGCGAGUACCUGGGCACGGCGCGGCUGCCCGCCCAGUCCGAGGGGACCUGCUUCCACCCCGCCGCCACCGAGGAGCUCACGGCCGACGAUCCAUCGGCGGAGACCGCGACCACCGUGCAGUACGUCAGCGUGACCAGCAGCCCGCUGGACCACUCGUACUCCCUGACCACCGGCACCACGUCGGCCGAGCUGCUGCGGAAGCUGAACGAGCAGCGGGACAUCAUCGCGCUGAUGGAGGUGAAGAUGAAGGAGAUGAAGGCGACCAUCCGCCAGCUGCGGGUGGCCGAGGCCAAGCUGCAGGAGGAGGUGCGGGAACGGGACCGGCUGCUGUACGGGAACUCUGCGGCGUUUGGCGUCCGGAAGAAGGUGUGAUGGGCGCACAGGGAGACCCGGACUGACGGGAGAGGACUUGCGAGGAGUGUGAAGGCAUCAGAUGCUGACAGAUGACCACGUAUUUUCAAAUAAGCAGAGCUGUGGGUUUUUUUUUUUGGCCUGUGGCAAAGAGAAGAUGAUCUGGCUAGUUUAUGUAUCGCAGGCAGUAAUGAUAACUACAUCAUUGGAAACUACUUAGGAACACGCACAGUCCAAUAUUGACAAAAAGCUAAAACAAGAUCACAUUUUAAUUAAUCAAUAAAGACCAAGAUCACACAGACUUACUCACUUCUAACUGGACUGAUGAAAUGAGGAAAAUGCUCAAAACUGCCUGGUUUGCGUAGUACGUUUUUGUCUUUUAGGUUUCUCUGAUAUUGUGUAUUUCCUUGCUUGUGAAUUUCAAUUAGAAGGCAAGAAGAUUGUCGCUCUAGAUUUGCAGAGGUAAAAGAAUGCCAAGAUGAAGCAUUGAAAGGAUUCUUUGAACCAAAACACUAUUCUUGGUGUCAAUGAAACGAUUUUAUCAAAGUUGCCUUUAAAGCUACCUGUUGUUUUCCAUAUAUUUGUGUUGCUAAUGUCAUUUAAUUAACAUACAAUAGAAUUAAAGGGACUCCUUUGAACUUGAAGGGUCUCUCAGAAUAUUUAAUCCCCUCAAAUGUUUUGACAUGUAUUACGUUUUUUUUGCCCGUCAUUUACCCUUUUGGUAUUUUUAUGGAAAAACAUAAGAGAAGUUCAAAGAAAAACGUUUUCUGACGAUACCUUCAUGCAACCUGAACGUGUCCUUAUGCCCCAGAGGUCGCGCUGUGAAAGAGAACCAGCAUGUUUCAGUGAUACUUGUUUCUGCAAUGACACAGACGUGCAGAAGCCGUAUUUCUCUGUCCUGUACAUGAAGGUUUUACACACAGGUUGUUACAUACAUUUCUCUUUUUUCAACUUGCUUUGACAGCAUUUUAUUCUGAAGUAAAUUUCAGUUUGAAAUUUGGCUGAUUCCCACCGAAGGAUUUCUGAUUUUAUCCAAUGGUUACAAAGUCAGGAGGCCGGAGUUUCUUUGUUUGCUUUCCGAGUUGAAGGUUUGUAGCUCAAAUCAAAUGGAUCACAGUCAUCUUCUCCAUCACUUUCCUCUGAGGAAAGAAGAGCAGAUUUAAAAUGUCCACUAAGUUGAGCUUUAGGAACAUUCACUGGGUUGUGGAAAAGAUAAUACAGUUUGCAUCAUAGCAAAUUCUGAAGAUUCUGAGUGUUAAUCUUAAAUUACUAUGAUUAUAAACCACUAUAGUUUCAAUUAGUCCACCAUUAAAAGUUUUUGUUGUGUUUCUUCACUAGAUUUUAGUACAAUACCAAUGACAAGUGGUAAAAAGGUGUUGCAGCACGAUGUUCUCCCUCUAGAUGGCGUCGGCAUAAAAGCCUGAAGAGCAGGAGGUUCAUCUCCCGUCUAUGCAGCCCGACUCAUCCCUCUGUCUGAUGGUCAUUUGCUGAAUUGUUACUCGUAUCAGAGCGGUUGAAUGUUGAUUGUCAUUGUAAAGCUGUCACUCAACGCAAACUUAAGAUGCAUGCGUCAUUCUGAAGACCUGCCGUGAUACGGUGUCACGUGAGAACGAGGGAGAGCCGGAUGAAUAGAUGGACAGAGAGCAUCGGAGAGAGCGAGAUCCUAAUCUCAUCUGGAUUUUUUUUUUUUUACUCCCAACAGUGUUGCAUAAAGCCUUAAUCCAGAGCUGUCUAUCAAAUUUACUCAACUGUCAUGGUCCUUUCCGAUGGCUGCCGCCAUUCACCGCAGCCUCCUUUACAUCCAACUAUAGUGAAGUGAAACAGUGUGUGAGAUGUGUAAUCCAGAAAUGUAGUGUGUGACAUCAGACACGCGUGUGCAGUGCGUCAGUGUCAGCAAACAGGUUGCCAUCGUAAGCAGAAAACCUCCCUCCCAACACUCAACAUUCUCUAAAAGGUUGUUGUAUCUGUGCUCAUUUAUACCAUGUACACUAAACAUAAAGCCUUCAGGUCAUACUUGGCCUGCCCCUUUUUUUUUUACAACGGAGUCAGAUAUUUAUCAUAUUCUAUUUAGUCUUAGUUCUGGUACAGCUGCUUGUGUUUAGGCAACAUCUAAAAUAUUGAUUUCUUUGUUUGUUGACUGAAUAAAUACUUAAAGUAAAGUGUU